CAUCCAGUGUGUUUUAAGGUCUUGGGUUCCCCUCAUGUAGCUCGUCAUCUUUUCUCUUCAUUCUCCAGUUUCACAUAAUUCACAUUCAGUUUACAGGAUUUUACGCUCGCGUUCAAUACAUUCUCACCGUGUUAGUCACGGCUGUCUCACUUCCAGAACCGACGGCUUCGGUUUCCAGCCUUAUAUCACGUACCGUGCCUUUUGAACUGUUCCAAUAGCAGCCCCGGGAUUGUCACCUGGGUGCUCGCCCUCAAUCAUCCUUACUUGUAUCCCUCUUUUAGGUCAUCCAUAGCUCUACUACACCAUGCUAGCGGCAACACGCAUCUGGACAAGUGAACGACUUGUUCAGUCUCGCACUGGCACAGCGAAUGUUCUACGUUCUACCGUUUCGUUACAAUCGAAAUGCGAGCAAUGCAGACACUAUUCCCCCGCCGUGUCAUCUUCGACCUCUUCUGAAUUCCGAAAUGGACGUCGACGUGGUUCAGUCAGGUUCCAGCAACCUACAUCGUUGAGUCGCAGCAUUUCUUGGGACACCAAGUCCAAAGCUUCUGCCAAGAAGGCUGCAAAAGGCUUCAAUCGAUCUGUCGAUUCUUCAAAGUUUACUACCAUUGAUCAAGUAGCGGCCUGGGCGGGUGACUUGUUUGGUAUGCGACCAGGAGCGAAUAUCGAAGAUGUGGAGCGAAGUGCUAUUGAGCACUUAUUUCGAGGCGAUAGCAAGGCCAACAUUCGCAAGGCUACUUUGACCAAUGCUCACCACUUCAGCCGCGCAAGUGCAAAUGCGGCAAGCUCGAAAGAUACUCUCUUCUCUGCUGUUCACGGACAAGAUGCUACUUUCAUUGAUCCUAUAACAAACCGUCGGGUGUCAAAGUCUACAACGGCCGGAACAGAAGCUCGAUACGAUGCCCAGCGAGACUACAAGCCGACUGACUUCGUUGAUGUGUCUGUAGAGGCCGACUCGGCUCCCAAGUAUAACGACUUGGACAAGUACAAGCCUACCAUCGACACUGAGACUAGGCAGCCAGAUCAACCCAAGUACGACGAUCUUGACAAGUAUGAACCAGUAAUAGAUGAGAGAUCUCAAGAGAAGUCUACCGAAUACGAUGAUUUGGACAAAUAUGGCCCUGUCAAGUACAAUGAGCCUGAUGGAAAGCGACCUACUACGGCCGAAGAGGAUUCUAAGCAGUACAAAGAUCUUGACAAGUACUCCUCUGCGAACCUGGAUGACCCUCUAGCCAAACGUCAAUUGACCGCUGAAGAGAAAUCCAAGGUCUAUGAUGAUUUGGAUCAGUACAAGCCCGUUUACCACAACGAGCCUGAUGGCAAAAGACCACAGACUGCUGAGGAACUGUCCAAGAACUACGACGAUCUGCAUAUGUACAACAAGGGUGUGUAUUGGAAUGAGCCCGAUGGCCUGCGCGAGCCCACGCCAGAGGAGCUUUCCAAGAACUACAAAGACCUUCAUAUGUAUGGGCCAGUUGCAUGGAAUGAGCCCGACGGUCUGCGUCGUCUGACACCCGAGGAGAAAUCCAAGCAGUACAAGGAUCUGGAUCAAUACGCAGAUCCUUUUGAAGCCAGUCAGUCGGUUUUGAAGGCCCAUGAGAAGGCGCAGAUGGAUCGUACUAUGAGAGGCAAGCCCUUAGCCCCGAAGGUCGAUGCUCCCGUCGAGGACUUUGCAAGCAAGUAUGAUGACCUUCACAAGUAUGGUCCAUACCACUGGAACGAGCCCGAUGGUCUCAGAGAGCCUACCCCAGAGGAGCUGUCCAAGAACUAUGACGACCUUCAUUUAUACGGUGGUGUCUUUAAGUGGAAUGAGCCUGAUGGCUUGCGACCCCUGACGGCAGAGGAGAAGUCAAAGCGUUACACAGACGUUCAUAAAUACGCUGCUCGUGACUUGUCACCGCCUGUCGAGCGAGUACAUCCCGAAGAGGCUUCCAAGGUGUACAAUGAUCUCCCCGCCUACCGCAAAUUCGAGAAUGCGGAUGACCCAGCACCACGUAUCCACCCCGAAGUUGCUUCGAAGAAGUAUACCGAUUUGGGUGCGUAUAACUCUUUCGAGAACGGCGACCCCCAGACGGAGCGUGUUCACCCGGAAGUAGCAUCAAAGCAGUACAGGGAUCUACACAAAUAUCCAUCAGCUGGCUUUGACGACAUCAUUCAGGCGGUGCAUCCUGAGGUGUUGAGCAAGAAUUACACAGAUCUUGGCAGUUACAGGCACUCGGACUUUGCUUCCCAGGCUCAGGGCUAUCCUGUUCAGCCCGAGGACGCCUCCAAGGUCUUCCAGGACCUACGCAAGUACACAGGAGUUCGUCCCAACGAACCCACCGGCAAGAUGUCGGUCCCUCUGGAUGAAGUCGCCCGCGGCCUCCGAGAGUUCGAUUCCAAGGCAGGUUCCCAAGAUUCCCCGGAUUCAGCAUUAUAUACUUAUUCUCGGUCCCCGAACAGGUCUUCUCCCGGCUCUACGGAAACUAAUAUGGACACUUCCAGCCCUGAAAGUGCCGAUGUCAUCCGAGCUGCGGUCCUUCGCAGAGCUCAAGAAAGUAGUCAACGAGCCAAGAACCAAGAUCUGUCUGGCAAUAAAGGUCAACAGGUCAAGACGGCACAUGCUUCCGAACUUACGGGGAACUAUGCACGAGACUUUCCUGAGGAUUUUGCCAGGUCCUGGAGCAGGGACAAUUCAUCGUCCAAGUCGGUACUGCUUCCCAAUAACAUUUCAGGAACAUCAUCCGUGAAAGAAAGCUCAAGCUCUAUGGAAGAUGUCGAGCCCGGAUCUAUGGACGAGAGCUUUCCUGUGGAUGACACAAGAUUAAAAACGGCACUAGAUCGCUAUGCGGCCAAGAGAAUUAAGGAUCUGUAUUCGCACGAGCCUCAGGGUCUGCAGACAAGUUAUUCCGAAGAGUGUGGGCGCCCAACGAUGCCUAUCAUGGAGAAACAUUACACACCUGAAGCUAAAGAGUCUACGACAAAGACAUCAGAGAUGCCCAACAUGGCCUCAUACAAAAUUGUCGCUUUUGACCCAGUUUCGAGGGUGAUGAGCGUGGCCGAAGCCAAUUCCGCAGUCGGCGCUAGUGACAGGCCAAUGCCUAUUCCUGAUGCUCUUGUCAAGCUGGUGGACCCUGCCAAGUUUCUACCUUACUUCAAAUCACUUCAGGAGGAAGGCUACGAAGUAGUGUCGGGCAGCGGGCAGAUGUUGAUCUUUCGCAAAAUGCAGUCAGCCGAUGAAAUGGUUAGUCAGGGUGGAAACUCUCCCACCUCUGACAGCAUUUACAGGAUUUGGACUGACAGUCAUUGCAAAAGAUCUAAGCGGUUCUCAGCUCGGCGAUGGACGAAUUCUAAGACGAAGAAGUCGACCAAGAAGAGAAGCAUUGGGCGCAAGAUUCUGGUGGGAACUGGUGUAGUUGCAGGUUCUGUCUAUGCGGCGGCCUUUUUGACGAAGUCUUCAAGUAUUAGGAAUUCUGAUGUGAAGCCGCAGAACUAGAGGAUACGGGAUACGGAAUUGGCUCGAACGACACUGCCUUAUAUGUUGAAGGAUGGGAGUUUUGCAAAGGCUCACUUUUGAGGAAUAUGGUGGGGGAUUUCUUUGGAGUUUGGUAUUGGGAUUGCAGCGAUUGGGCUUGAGGAUGUCUCAGCCAUCCCCAGCGUUUAUGGUAUGAUAGCCUGUUUUCUUUGUUGGAAGUUUACAUGUGGGACGCAUUCAGCGGAGCAUGAUAACACGGAGCUACGGAGUCAAGAUACCUCGGCACAUCAAUUUGCAUCAUUCGAUAGCCACGAUUACAAUGACAUUCGUUUAUUAUAAGUUAUUAAGCAA